AUGGAGAUCCACUCUGUGCUGCCUGAAGAGCGGGCGCGAGAUACAAAGGGCGACCAACUACCAUGGGGCUACCGUUAUCCUGAGUCUGCGCGAGGCGUGAAGCAUGUGGAAGAGACGGGUGCCUUUGGCCGGCAUCGCAGUAUGAGAGCUUCCGGGUCUCGGGCGUCAAGGUCAAGAGCAGGCACUACUCCAGUACGGCAGAAAGAGAAUCCAGCAGUCGCAGACUUCGGCAAGAUAUUCGCACACGAACAAAGACAUUCACAGACAGAUACCACACCCGCCCCAUCAGACACGUCUCGUCCCGCGGAACCCGAAGCUAUACCAACAGAGUGCCUCCUCUAUGGAUAUGCCGACAAGUCGGUUGAAUGGAAAGUCCUCUCCAAAUUCGAGAGAAUCGUGGCCCCAUCGAUAAUAUGCGAAGACUACCCACGCGAUGACCCCAACCUCUUUUUGUCUACCAGCUCUCCCAUGGGCUACUCCCGCGCUGCCGUCGUGGUGCACCGCAACCUGUCCAAAGAAGCGCUCAAAAAAUCCCACAUCUACAAAGGCGGCAAGCACUGGAUCAAAGUCACCUUCGACUCCUACCCGGCUGCCGAACGUGCCUGUUUCUAUUCCCCCAUCGAUAUCGACGGGUACGAAGUACACUGCGAAAUGUGGUCGGGCCGCGGUCCGACCGCUGAUGUUGCUCUGCCCCGAGGAUCUGAAGCUGCCAAUCUCCUGUCCCGCAGCAGCCCAACCAAAUCGCGGACCCUCCCCACCUCCAAAUCCGUACAAUUCACAUCCGGCAAAGAGUCUGCGAUUUCCGGCUUCGAACGCGCCUUGCAGAGCUCGACCUUGCCGCGCUCGCACACCAUGCCCGACGUGCAGUACACGCAGGCCGGCACGCAGGACGACAUGUCAAUCGACAGCGCGACCGCCUCGUCCGCGACGGCGACCGGCCACGAGAUCCCGCCACAAACGCCCACGGGCCUGCGCUCGCGCAGCAUCCCCAAUCUCCCCUCACAAACCACUCCGGUCGCGCAAAUGCUGUCCCCCAGCAAGUCGGACUUCAUGACGGCGAUCCCGAGCGCCAAACGCAUGCGCGUGCGCGACAUGUCAGAGGCCCUGCCGCGCCAACCCUCGUUCGCGGAGCGCGUCCUGAGCAGUCUGCCGAUCGUGAGCUGGUUCGUGGGCGGCCAGGGGGGUGCAGGGGAGGUCAUUAGCGAUGGCCCCGUGUUGAAGGAGGACGGGAGCUGGGACGAGGAGAAGAAUGGCUGGUAUUGGGGAUUCUGGCGCGGCGUGGACGGGUGGCUAGGCACGGACUUUUGCGGCAUGAAGGAGGAUUGA